CCGGUAUGUAAUUGACUUAGAAAAUAAAAUUAUAGAUCCGCCAUUGCUAUAGGCAUUUUUGUAAUAGUAGUACACGACAUAACCUCAACUUGUUAGACUGACUUACAAUAUAAUGGCUGAUACAGAAAUGGAAACAUACGAGGACAUGGCCCCAGCCCAUGUGGAGCCUGUUGCUCAGCCUGCGGAGCUCCCUGAAAUCAAAUUGUUCGGUCGGUGGAGUUGUGAUGAUGUACAAGUCUCUGAUAUGUCACUACAGGAUUACAUCGCCGUCAAAGAAAAGAACGCCAAAUAUCUACCCCACUCUGCUGGUAGAUAUGCUGCCAAGCGUUUCCGCAAAGCCCAGUGCCCCAUCGUAGAACGUCUGACCAACUCCCUGAUGAUGCACGGACGUAACAAUGGCAAAAAAUUGAUGGCCAUCCGUAUUGUCAAGCACGCUUUUGAAAUCAUUCAUUUGCUUACUGGAGAAAAUCCAUUACAGAUCUUGGUAACCGCCAUCAUAAACUCAGGCCCCCGCGAAGACUCUACGCGUAUCGGUCGCGCCGGCACCGUUCGUCGUCAGGCCGUCGACGUGUCUCCUCUGCGUCGCGUCAACCAGGCCAUCUGGCUGCUGUGCACCGGAGCUCGCGAGGCCGCCUUCAGGAACAUUAAGACGAUCGCCGAAUGCGUAGCUGAUGAACUUAUCAACGCUGCUAAGGGAUCAUCAAAUUCAUACGCCAUUAAGAAGAAAGAUGAGUUAGAAAGAGUAGCCAAGUCUAACCGAUAAACAUUUUUAUAUAUAUCUAAGCUGUUACCAGAAGGGGUUUACGAUUGGUUUUGUAUCUUUCUUUGGUGCAGUUAAAUAAAAGCUAAAAAUAUACAA